AUGUCUGAUAGAGUAUCGUUUGACUUAUGCUAUGUGAUUUUGUUUUUGGCAUCCUUGAGAUUAAUUUCGAAUCGUUACUCACCCGCAAGGUUGACGUCUAGGAACUUAAAAACUGAAUUUCACUUCUUCAGUACUAUCUGCUGUGGCGUGAUGAAGCCCGCUGACGUCAGAAGGCACACGGUUGAGUCGCUCAAGGUAGCGCCACUUGGUGAUGGUCAUCACGGAAGGGACUUUUACAAAUACUUCUUCGCUUCUCAUCCUGAACACCGCCACUUCUACAAAGGUGCUGAGAACUAUACUGGCGACGAUGUGGCAAAGAGCGAGAGAUUUGACAAAUUAGGAGACGCUAUACUUUUAUUCGUUCACGUCUUGGCUAACGUAUGCGAAAAUGAAUCGGUGUAUCGAGCAUUUGUUCGCAGAGUUAUGUACGAGCAUUUCGAUAGAUCAAUCGACCCUGAACUUUGGAAGCCAUUUUGGGAUUACUGGAUGGGAUUUCUAAAGAGCAAGGGGGCAGUUUUGACUGCAGAGCAGAAACAGGCGUGGAAGGAAUUUGGUACCGUAUUCAACGCUGAAUGCCAAGCAUAUCUGACAAGAAUGGAACGCCCACAUGCGUGAAGCUGCGCUUUGGCCAUUUUUAGCUAGUUACCUAAUAAAUAU